CUGGAUGAGGUUCAGAUGUAAAAUGACAUUUUUUUAUCCCUCCAUUCAUUCUUACUGAACCCACGCAAAAUUAGGGCGAACCCACGAAAUCCUCUUCAAAUCGAAGAAGAAGAAGAAGAAGAAGAAGUAGAAGAAGAAAACUCUCUCUCUUCUCUCGUUUCGUUUCAAUCCUUACACUCCAAUUUCGCUUCCAUUCCCUUCCCUUUCGCUGUCCUGCAAAGCUCCGGGAUUUACCAUCUUCUUCUCUUCAUCUUCGGGUACUCUCUCUUUCUCUCUUAUCUCUCUUCCGCUCUCUGAUUUCUCUCCUUUAUCAUUUCCCCAAUUUGAUAUUUUUGCCGGCCUCUCCAUUCUUCUGUUAAUUUAGCGCGAUUUUGUUCCCUUGUUUAAAUGAGUGAUUCGAGAAUCGAGUUCAUAGCCCGAAAACUUGGGUCGAAUGCUUGCAUGAAAUCGUUCCCGCUCGCGGGCAAUUCGUGAAUAAAAUCUGGAAGAUUUCAAAGGACUUAAGGCGCUAGUUUUGGGCUCCCUCCCUCCGCCAUAACUGUAACUUGUAAAUUUGUUAAUGAUAUCUGGCCAAGAAAUCGCAAUGCCGCUAAUGAAUGGAGUAGAGUUAACUGGACCUUAAAAAUGAAAACUUUGCUCUUUGUUCCUUCCCGGUUUUUCCUGGCCGUGGAGUAUUUGUAGGGCUCAGCUGGUUCUUAGUUCUUGUACCCAGUGUCGUUUUUGGGUGCUUAUUAUUAAGCAUUGCUGUCAUUGUCAUUGGGAUGUUUCUUUGUGAUUUGGUGAACAAGGUAGCUGUUCAUAUAAUAGGUGGAUUGGAUAUGGGUUCCUGUGUUUGAUGUCUUAAGUUCAUGGCUGGUAGUUACAUGGAAGGGGAACACAAGGAGAGCCUGGGGGAAACAAUACAGUGAAACGAUAUACCUAGGAUGAAGAGAAGCCCUGAUUAGGUUUGGCUUUUUGUGGGAGUAUGCAGAGUAUGAUGGUAGCACUACGUUGUCUUCACUGGUUUUAUACUUGAUGAUUGAGUAAACCCUGUUAGGAUGGUUUGUUGGAGGGUAAUACUAGGAUAGUAGAAAAGUAAAGUGAAGUCUCUAAGCUGAAUCUUAAGAGGCAGAACUACUUGAUGAAGCUAGAAUAUUUAUAUAAACAGGUUCGGAAAAAAAUGAGCUUCGUAUAGAAUGUAUUGUCAUUCACCAAUACUCUUGACUCCGAAUAAUCAUUCUUUGCUUAGAGGCUGGCGUAACUUGUAUGUUUUAACUUGGUUAUCUUUGGAUGACAAUUGGAACGGUUCACUUUCCUAUCAGUUAGAUUGUAAUUGAACAAUGCUAAUAUUUAUACCUCUCUCCUUAAUCCUAUUGAAUGAUUAGUUAAUUUUCUCCAUGGUGGAAGCAGUAUGAAUGUUAUGUUAGUUCACACGGUUCAUGACUUGAAAAGAAUCUUUGAGUUACAUGUAUCCAAUCUUUGCUUUAUGGUUUCAUCUUGUGACGGUGCUAGAAAUUAUUGUGCUGUGAUUGAACGACAUAGAUAUCGGUUAAGUCGGACCGUUUUGUGGACCUGUGGUUUGACUCUCCUUUUGCAUCUGUCCUACUCCUUUCUAGUUCAGCAAUUGACUAGUAAAAUGGUCAGACACCAAAAUUUUGUUAUGCCACUGUACGCUUUAUUAUUAUGCCUGAAAUAAUAUUUUUUGUUGUUGUUAAGUGUAAUUCAAGUGUUGCUAUAUCUUUUGUUAUUCUGUCUUAUAGACCUGUUUAAUGAUUAAACUUGUUCCCUUUUUGGGCAGUGUUCAUGUUCGGAUUUCGAGAAAUACAUUUUCUUGAUGUCUUUCCCCUCCUUCAUAACCCUUAUAAUCAUUAUUCUGAAAUCUCUUUGCCUAUCUCUAUAACAUUACCAUGAGUAAUGUUAUCAUGAUUCCUUCUGUAGACUUGAUUUACAUUGCAACCAACCCAAGUCUUUUCUCUCAUGCUCAAUUGAAAAUCAUACACUCUGAAAACCUUUUUCCCUUUCAUUUCCUUUCCUCCUAUCAAUAUGUGUAUGAAGUCCCAUGAACUCUUCUCGCCUAUGUACCUUCUUCACAGUUCCCUUCCAAGCUUGCCUAUUUUAAAAAUAUAAGAUGCCAACUGAAGGGGGCAAUGCAUCAGCAGUUCCGAACCUAGGAGAACCCAUCGACUCUGAUGAGAGAAUUGAUCUAAAUGAAGACAAUGAUCCUGAGGAGGCUAUGGAUGAAGAGGUUGAAUAUGAGGAAGUUGAGGAAGAAGAAGAAGUGGAAGAAUAUGUAGAGGAGGAAAUAGAGGUGGAAGAGGAAGGAGAAGAAUCAGACAAUGAUAACAAUGAUAUUGCUAAUCAUGGUGGUGGGACAAGAAGUGAAUAUGAUGAUGAAAAGAAAAAGCAUGCUGAACUUCUUGCCCUCCCUCCUCAUGGUUCUGAAGUAUACAUUGGAGGCAUUCCUCAUGAUACCACACAGGAGGAAUUGAGAGGUUUUUGUGAAUCUGUAGGAGAUGUUCACGAGGUACGCAUGAUGAAGGGAAAGAAUUUAACUGACAGUAAGAUUUUUGCCUUUGUGACCUUUACAAGUGUGGACUUGGCAUCAAAAGCCAUCAAGGAGCUGAAUAAUUCUGAAUUCAAGGGUUCAAAACUCAAGUGUUCCACAUCUCAAGCUAAGCACCGAUUGUUCCUUGGAAACAUUCCUAGGAGUUGGGGAGAAGAAGAGUUGAGGAAGGCUGUGACAGAGGUUGGGCCUGGAGUUAAUGCCAUUCAACUGGUGAAGGAUCCAAGGAACAUCAGCAACAACAGAGGUUUUGGUUUCCUAGAGUACCAUAACAAUGCAUGUGCUGAAUAUUCAAGGCAAAAGAUGUCAGAUCCAAAGUUUAAGCUAGGAGAUAAUACACCAACUGUGAGCUGGGCUGAUUCUAGGAGCACUAAUUCUGCAGCUGCGACUCAGGUUAAGGCAUUGUAUGUGAAGAAUUUACCAAAAGAUGUAGCACAAGAUCAGCUGAAGAACCUUUUUGACUGUCAUGGACAAAUCACAAAGGUGGUUUUGCCACCAGCCAAACCGGGACAGGAGAACAAUAGAAUUGGUUUUGUUCAUUUUGCCGACAGGUCCAGUGCUAUGAAAGCGCUGAACAGCACUGAAAAAUAUGAAUUAAAUGGCCAAACUUUGGAGUGCUCUCUUGCAAAACCUCAGGCGGAUCAGAAAGCCGUUGGUCUUUCAAACAUUCAGAACCCUGGUAUUCUUCCAAGGUUCCCACCCUAUGCUGGUUAUGGUUUGGGUGGGGCUGCUGCAUAUAGCCCUCUUGCCACAGGAUAUGGUGCUCCCCCCUUUGCGCAGCCGUUGUAUUAUGGCGGUGCACCAUCUCCUCCUGGCAUGGCAAUGAUGCCAAUGCUCCUACCUGAUGGCCAAAUUGGAUAUAUUCUGCAACAGCAGGGCUUACAGCAUCAUCAUAUGACGCCUUCACAUCUGGCUAUGAAUAGUAGAAGUAGCAGCAGCAGUGGCGGCAGGGGGAAUAGAAGUGGUAGUGGUGGUAAUCCCAGCCGGGAUAAGCACAGCAACGAUGGCAGCAGCUACAGUCGCAGAUUUCGACCUUACUGACUUCUAGUGUUGUUUUUCCUUUGCAUCACAUUCUCCUCUUGUGCCGUUUUACAGUUUUCAACAAAUUAGAGUUAGAGCCCUAGCCUUUCUGUUUUUAUUUUUUUUGCUAGCACAAUCAAAGCUCAGAUUUUAUCUAUGUUGCUGAGUUGUUUGUACGUGCUUGAUAACUUAUAUGCCCCAUUUCUUGGUUCAUUCAAUACUUCCAGUUAACUUUUCUACUGCCCCAGAAGCUGUACCUAGUCUUUUGAAAAUCGAAUGUAAUGCAAAUUGGAUUGUAUCUAUUCUACUGUACUUGUAUUGGAAUCAAAGAAAGGAUUCCUUGAUAGUUGAUUCCUUCCUAUCUCAUUGACAGCAAUAAGCAGCAGCUAGAACUUUUAACAUCUCAAGUACACAUUAUCAGAAUCAAUGAACUGACAUCUUCAAG